AUGGUGUCGUGGAGCGACGAGACCAGUGAGGAUUCAGUCCUAAACAUCUUCUCCUCUUGCGAUGGCAUCAUCAAGCUUCCAGCUACGAUGCACGAUCCGAAUUUCAAUGGUACUGACGCAGAUGUGAAUGUGUUGUGUGAACACGGUGAGCCGGCCGAACGCUUUGUAGCAUUUGAAGGGAUGCACACGGGCAGGAGGUUUCUUGGAUGUGCUAAGAAGGAAGGCAUAAACUGUGGAGUAGUUCAAUGGAUUGAUUUUGAAUGGCCAGACUCAAUGGAGAAGGCAUUGGCCAAGCUAUGGGAUAUGUAUGAGGAGACUAAGUCAACUAGGACCAAUGACAAUCUAGAGAGUUCCUUUGCAAUUCACAACCUGACAGAAGAGAAGAAGAAACUACAGGAGAACUAUGACAGUUUGUAUGCUGAUGUGAAUGCUCUUUUGAAUGCCCAACAGGAGAGGGGUGUGGAGUUAACCAAUCAAAAGGAGCAGAAGCAAUAUCUUGAAGUGAAGAUUGUUGAGCUUGAAACUGUAGUUGGCAACUUGAAGGCAGAGUUGUCAAAGAAAGAGGAGGAGAAGAAGAAACUACAGGAGAACUACGAUAGUUUGUAUGCUGAUGUGAAUUCUCUCUUGGAUGCCCAGCAGCAGAGGGAUGUGGAGUUAAACAAUCAGAAGGAGCAGAAGGAAUAUGUUGAUGUGAAGAUUGUUGAGCUUGAGACUGUAGUGGGGAACUAG